AUGAGUGGAUUUCGAAACCAAAGAUGGGAUCCAUGGUUGAUCAUUAGUCAGAUUAUUGCUGUUCAAACAUUAUAUUAUCUCGGAUUGGGUUUUUUAAUAUUUUUCAUCACAUUUGCGAUUAAUCAAGUACCAACACUUGAUUAUAUUUUCUCGUAUGAUACAUUACAACUAUCUAGUUGGAAUGGACGAUUCUUUUGUACUAUAUUUUUACUUAAUGCAUUAACAGGAGCUCUUGCUAUUUUUUAUUUAGUUGGCAGAUAUAAACAAUGUUUGGAUUUUUCUAUAACAAUUCAUUUUUAUCAUUUUAUUGCUUGUUGCAUUUAUAACUAUCAUUAUCCGAAUAUGUUUUCUUGGUAUGUUAUACAAUUUUUAUCGAUUAUUAUAAUGACAAUACUUUCUGAACGUUUUUCAAAAAAAUAUGAACUUCAAAAUAUACCCCUUACAUCACGUGCUGAUCUUUAG